AUGGCAACUUACAACGGUGUGAACCCGCACACUGCAGCGGACCUUCUCCGGCAGGCUGUAGCGCAAAACAGCGCCCGUCAUGAAAAUGGAGGAACACCCGAUCAAAUUGGAUCAAAUUGUCCAACUCCCUCCGGCAUCGAGACGCCUCAACCAGAUCCAUCGGACAAGCGAUUGCCCGGCAUAAUAUCUAGCUUUUUUGGUCAGGUUGGUCUCAACCCUUCCUCGAAACCGCAAGCUCCAAAGUCCCCUGCUGUCACGGCCCCUUUCUUGGACCCCGGUCUUGAUAGUCAUCCUCCCCAGCAUGAUCGGGAAGCCAGAUGUUCUCGUAGCUCUUCUCGUUCCUCUGGUUCGCUUGUUAUGGUGGCACGUCAUCGGAGUCGUGAUGAUGAUUCACCACCAGAAUCGAUUGAUGAGCAAGGCCAAAAGCGAACACAAGAAGAUCUGCCUGAGCCUGUGCCUACCAAGCUUCCACCCACUCCCAUAUCAUCUGCUUCUUCUUUCCUGCAAAGAGAAGGACCUACAGCAGUGAAUGGUCAACCCGAAGUUGAUGCAGCUGUCAAUCCCGUCGCACAAGCCCUCAAAAACUUUGUCCUCUCCUCGAGCUCCCUCAAGUCUCGUCGUCAUGCAUCACUCCCUGUUGCGAGCAUCAGUAUUGAUCCUGUUCUUGCGGCACAUAUUUCGAACCCAAGCACUUUUUCCCAUCUCACUGCCCCGGGGAGUCCAACUGCACCUCCUGAAGAAGAUGUUAAGCUGCCCAAUCAUACUUCAGUUCGAGAGCUCAGAAAGCUGACUUCAAGCGCGACUGCUGAGUCGCGUUUAAAGAAUACUCCUCCUCUUACCCCACGAGCAUUAUCACACGAAGACGGCUACCAAGGGAAGAGAUCGCCUCUUUCUUCCGGUGCCAGCAUGACUGCCGGCGCUGGAAAGUCUCCCGAGUUACCGGCCAUUAAGACGACCAAUUUGCCUCGCAACAACGAGGCCCUACCUACCGGCUCGCCGAAAGGUCAACUGUCGGUCAAAAUCAAUGAGGCACGAGGCCUGAAACCAAGCUAUGAUCCCUACGUUGUGUGUGUCUUCGAGUGGAAUGAGUAUAUCUCAAAUGGUCCGAAACACGAUGCUAUGGAUGUUGACCACGACGAAGCAUCAAGUAGAAAGGGUCGUAAAGACACGAUUUCUGCAAUGCCUAUUCGUCGAAUUGAAGAUGAUGCAGGAAAACUUAGAGCUAUCCCAAUGAGAAGUCGGCAGAGCAGCAACAAUGGAGAGAUAGACAACUCUCAGCCAAGGUCAAACUCACCCGUGACCGAUCCACAAUGGGACCACGAGGCAACGUUCGAUGUACUUGGCCGACAAUCAGAAAUUGAUAUUUCAGUAUACGAGUCAAACUCGGAGACAUUUCUUGGUCAUGUUCGACUAUGCUUGAAUUUGACAGAAGAGAAUCCGGUGCUUGAAGGAUGGUUCCCAUUGGACCAACGUGGGCCGCACGAACAGCAAAUCACAGGCGAAGUUCAUUUGCGGAUGCGCUUCCAGAAAACGAACAAGAAACACUUUGGUCCGAACGACUUUCAGAUUCUUAAGCUGAUUGGAAAGGGGACCUUCGGCCAGGUUUAUCAAGUACGGAAAAAGGAUACGCAGCGCAUUUAUGCUAUGAAAGUGUUGUCGAAAAAAGUUAUCAUUCAAAAGAAGGAAGUUGCCCAUACCUUGGGCGAAAGAAACAUCCUUGUCAGAACGGCAAUGGCGGACUCUCCCUUCAUUGUUGGUCUGAAGUUCUCUUUCCAGACGCCAACAGAUUUGUAUCUGGUCACGGAUUUCAUGUCUGGGGGGGAGUUGUUCUGGCAUCUGCAGAAGGAGGGAAGGUUUCAGGAAGAAAGGGCCAAAUUUUAUAUUGCGGAGCUCAUCCUUGCACUGCAGCAUCUCCACCAACAUGACAUUGUCUAUCGGGAUUUGAAGCCGGAGAACAUCUUGCUUGAUGCUAAUGGUCACAUUGCGCUGUGCGACUUUGGCCUUUCCAAAGCUAACCUGACAAAGAACGACACGACGAACACCUUUUGUGGAACCACAGAGUAUCUCGCUCCUGAGGUCCUGCUUGAUGAACAGGGUUAUACCAAAAUGGUAGACUUCUGGUCGCUAGGAGUCCUCGUGUUCGAGAUGUGCUGUGGCUGGAGCCCAUUCUAUGCUGAAGAUACCCAGCAGAUGUACAAGAAUAUCGCCUUUGGGAAAGUCAGGUUUCCACGAGACGCUCUCAGUACGGAAGGGCGAAACUUCGUCAAGGGCUUGCUGAACCGGAACCCGAAACACCGUCUUGGAGCAAACCAUGAUGCACAGGAACUGAUCGAGCACCCUUUCUUCAACGACAUUGAUUGGGAUGCUCUUGCUCAUAAGAACAUUAUACCCCCUUUCAAGCCAAAGUUGAAAUCCAUCAUUGAUACAUCAAAUUUCGAUCCUGAAUUCACUAAUGCCCUCGAUAAUUCAUCAUCACUGAACGCAAGAGCCAUCGCGCUGGCCGGAGGUGCAAUGCCAGCUUCAACCCCUUUGUCUCCAACUAUGCAGAAUGCAUUUAAAGGCUUCACAUUCGUCGACGAAAGCUCAAUGGAUGGCCACUUCAAAUCGCCAGGUGCAGAUGGAAGCGACGAGAUGCGUCGUGACGACGAUGACUCGUUGAAGCCACAACGGACGAAUUCACACCGGAUGAGUGGUGUCAUGAAGACUGGAGAGACAGAGGGCAUCUUCAAUGAUGAUGGGUUUGAUGUUGAUUAA